UGACCGAGCCGCUGAAGGAAGAAAACAGCUAGCAACAGCAUAUUCUGGGAUGUGGCUUUCAAUACAUUAAAGAAACAAACGUGGUAAAUUUGGCAAGAACAGGGAAUUCUUUCCAAUUUCCCUUGUGAAAAUUGAAAGGUUCGCUGUAUUCCCAUUUUUCCCCCCAUUAUCUUCUUCAACUUGGAACAUAUAUUGCUUCAAGCUUCUUCUCUUUUCCAUUUGCAGCAGUCUACACAAAAGUUAAAUACAGAACUAAAGGAGACCAUGGCCAUCAAAGAGGAUAUUGAGAGAGGUAACCAUGGUGAUGGCGAAGAGGUGAGUCUACCUCUCUUGCAAGAAGAUAACGAUAUGGCCGAUAAGGAAGUCGAAUAUACGGAUCAAACGAGCACCAACGCAAGUCUAUGGAAGGUUUACUUCAGCACCUUUGUUGCAGUGUGUGGCUCGUUUGAGUUUGGAUCCUGUGCAGGGUAUUCGUCACCAACUCAGGCUGCCAUCAGGAAUGAUCUUUCUCUGACUCUAGCAGAGUACUCAGUGUUUGGUUCUAUAUUGACUUUUGGUGCAAUGAUUGGUGCAAUCACAAGUGGAAAGAUAGCUGAUUUUGUCGGUCGGAAAGGGGCAAUGAGAACAGCAGCUGGAUUUUGUCUUGGAGGGUGGCUUGCUAUAUAUUUCGCUCAGGGAGCUUUGGUUUUGGACAUUGGAAGACUGGCAACCGGAUAUGGAAUGGGAGUCUUCUCAUAUGUAGUACCGGUAUUUAUAGCUGAAAUCGCACCUAAAAAUCUUCGAGGAGCUCUAACGACAGUAAAUCAGCUUAUGAUCUGCUCCGGAGUAUCUGUUGCCUUCAUAAUAGGGACAGUUCUAAAAUGGAGGACUUUAGCACUGACAGGACUUAUUCCUUGUGCAAUUCUGCUCUUUGGACUCUUUUUCAUUCCAGAGUCUCCCAGAUGGCUGGCAAAGAUUGGAAGAGAAAAAGAAUUCGAAGCUGCACUACAAGAUCUUCGUGGGAAGGAUGCCGAUAUUUCAAAGGAGGCCGCUGAGAUUCUGGACUAUAUAGAGACUCUUGAACGGCUUCCGAAAGCCAAAAUGCUCGAUUUGUUUCAGCGAAGAUACUUACGCUCAGUCAUUAUAGGAGUUGGAUUAAUGGUCUUUCAACAAUUCGGAGGGAUCAAUGGUAUCUGCUUUUAUACCAGCAAUAUUUUCGAGUCGGCAGGAUCUUCUGCCACUGUUGGGACAAUAACUUAUGCUAUUCUUCAGGUUGUCAUCACCGGCCUUAACACAACCAUGAUCGAUAGAUCAGGAAGAAAGCCUCUAUUACUGGUUUCUUCAACAGGAUUGGUUCUCGGCUGUAUACUAUCUGGGAUUUCAUUCUAUCUUAAGGAUCAUAAUUUAGCACUCAAUGCAGUUCCUAUUCUUGCUGUAACAGGCAUACUGGUAUACAUAAGUGCCUUUUCAGCUGGGAUGGGUGCAGUUCCUUGGGUUAUAAUGUCUGAGAUAUUCCCUAUAAAUAUCAAAGGAGUGGCCGGAAGCCUCGUGACGCUGGUGAACUGGUUCGGUGCAUGGGCAGUUUCUUACACUUUCAACUUCCUUAUGAGCUGGAGCUCCUAUGGUACCUUCAUUCUUUAUGCUGCAAUCAAUGCGGCUGCUAUAUUGUUCGUGGUCACAUUGGUACCUGAAACAAAAGGGAAAACCUUGGAACAAAUUCAAGCAGCCAUUAAUGCAUAGGGAAUCAAGAAAACGAAGCAGAUUAUUUCUCGAGAGAUUAAGGAUGCUCACUUGCUGUCUACUGGUGCUUUCAAAAUCAAACAAAAAUGGAUGAUAUGUUUGGGGUAAUAAAGUUAUCUUUUUAUAAUGGGAAUGAGAUUUUAUCAAAGAAUGGAGGAGAUAUAAACACAAAGGCAGCAUCUCUUUACACAAAAGAAAGCUACUGAGAAAUAUUUCAGAUAUAUAUCGAGCCUUGUUAUAUUUUUC